UGUUAUUGGAAUUUUUUAACAAGAUGUAUAGAAUUUUUGUGAUUGUGUUUUGUGCUUGUGUUAUGCCAAGAGCAAUGUCGCUCUCCGAGGAAAUGCAGGAGCUGGUUACCAUGUUACAUAAUACCUGUGUCGGUGAAACUGGAGUAGACGAAAGUCUUAUUGAUAAAGUCAAUAAAGAAAAGGUAUUUGCCGACGACGAAAAAUUGAAAUGCUACAUUAAAUGCCUGCUUACUCAAAUGGCUGUGAUAAGUGAUGAUGGAGUUAUAGAUGUUGAAGCCACUAUUGCCGUAUUGCCUGAAGAACAACAAGAAGUAGCAGCUCCUACAAUUCGAACCUGCGGAACAAAAGUUGGUGCUAAUCCAUGUGAAAAUGCUUGGUUGACCCACAAAUGCUAUGCUGAAAACAAUGCUGGUGCAUACAUGUUACCAUAAACCUUUGACUUCCUAAAUAAAUUGUUAUAAUUUUAAUUUUAAUAAGAC